UUUUUUUUCUUUUUCUUUUUGGUCUCGUUUGUGUUUUAUUUAUUUAUUUAUUUAUUAUAUCUUCUUCUUUUAUAAUAUGAGCUCGUUAAAUAAAGAUCAGCUCUAUAAAACUGAGUUAUGUAGAAAUUGGCAAGAAAUCGGUGAAUGCAGGUAUGGGAAAAAAUGUAGAUUUGCUCAUGGUCAAGAAGAGCUUCGAUGUGUAAAGCGUCAUGUACGAUACAAGACACAAAUUUGUCGAACCUUUCAUUCAACAGGUACUUGUUUAUACGGUGUUCGCUGUACAUUUAUACAUGAUGAACAUCACGCGUCUCCCUUUUCAACCGACACUUUAAAGAAAGUACUGAAUCCAAUCUUUCCUCUAUCAGUGGAUACAAAUCCUUGGAAAUCUGCUUUUUCAUCUAAUAUUUGGUCUUUUAGUAGACGUUAUUCUUCUUCUUCUUCUUCUUCUUCAAUUACUUCUACUUCUACUUCUUCCUCUUUUUCAUUAUUAUCGAUACCUUAUAUUUAUUAAAUAAUGCAUAUUUAUUUCACUUACACUAAAUAAUUUUUAUAUUUACUCUUAUUUUAUUCAUUUUCUUUUUUACAAAUUGAC